AUGUCUAUGGGUACGAACUGGCCGAAGGAACUAUCCGGUCGGCAGGAGGCCAUCCCCAAGAAGCCCCAAGCGUCCCAGAAAGUCCUCUUGAUCAGUUCCCUCAUUGCCAAUGCGCCUGUGAAUACGCCGUCCCCAAGUUGCACUCGCUUUCCCCCGUCCUUCUCUAACAACAAUAAUCAGCAUUCAGAAGGCGUUGACAUGCUGGAGGAGCCCGAGCAGAGCUACCGACGCUCGUCUUGCGAUGAACUACUGUUUCAAGCUGAAGUCGACAUGGACGAUCAGAAUUCUAUAGCCUCCUCGCAAUCUUCCUCGAAUGCGAGCGUAGGGGACGUGCUCCCCCAGCCUGUACCGAGACGAACAGCGGCGGACGUCGCCGCGCGGAAAUGGCGAAUGUACUGCAUUCGUUUGAUUGCCCUCCUGUGUGCAUGCUCGCUGAGCAUUGGGAGUCAUUAUGCCUCAUAUGUUCUUGGGCCAUUGAAAAGUCGUCUGUCACGCGAGCUUGGUACUUCGCAUACCGAGUUCAGUCUCUUGAUCUCCGCAUUUAGCUUGAACAGUACAUGGACACCCCUCGUUGGCGGUGUGAUGGCUAGCCGCCUCGGAACCACCUUCACUAGCAUCCUUGCCACAGGCGUGAUCCUCCUUGGCCAGAUCCUCCUCCUCACUGGCGACAUAUACGGCAACGUCCGUAUGAUGGCGCUCGGGAUGUUCGUCUUCGGCCUCGGUGUCAGCCCGCUUGCUGUAGUACAGGAGACUAUCAUUGUUCGCUUCUUCAAAUCUCAUGGGUUAGGAGUCUCAAUGGCCUUCGGGCUCAUCGCAGGCAAGGGUGCUUCGUUCAUCUCCGCCCGCACUUCGUACCCCCUCACCGAACGGUUUGGAAGCCGUGCACCAUUCUAUGUCGCGACCGGUCUCGCGGCGUUGUCCGUGUUCGUGAAUCUCAUAUACAUCGCUGCGUCCCGAUGGUUGGUAGACGGCGCAGGAGCCGAGUUAGAAGCUGCCGACAUAGAUGAAGAGGCCCGAAGAAGAUCAUGUCAUGAUAUAAGCCAGGCCCAGGCUUUGGAGAAGGUUGCGGAGAAGCGAAGGGUUCACAUUAAAGAGAUUACGAAGCUGGGGGAUAUCUUCUGGUCCUACGUCGGCCUCAAUGUACUUUGCGGUGCCAUCUGGUCUCCGUUCACUCACCUUGCUGCAAACAUCGUCGAAAAGCGGUAUGGUAUGACAGAGGAAGAUGCGGCAAAUCAAGCCUCUUACCUCCUCGCCGGGAGCCUUGUUCUUUAUCCUAUCUGUGGUUAUAUCGUUGAUCGAUACAAAAGCAAGCAAAUCGUCAUCCGGUUGUUCAUGUUAUCGUCGAUUUUGACGGGUAGCUGCUACCUAUGGCUUUCCCUCCCACCUUCUUGGACUCGAUCAUCAUGGCCAGGUAUACUCUCGUUCUGUAUCGGCCACGGAUUUGCUCCCCUACUCCUUGUUGUGUUGGUUCCGAAGAUUGUUGCUCUGAAAUAUGUGUCAACUGCCUUGGGAGUCCACAAAAGUCUCGAACAAACAGGCUCGACGAUAUUCCAAACCAUGGCUGGUCUGGCUUUAGACAUGCACAAUCCGAAGCCGCAGGACCCGAAUGGACCAACACCUCCUUCGCAGAAAUCGUCUAUACAGAAACUGCUCAACAUUUUCGUCAUCCUCAACGGCGUACAAUUCCUCAGUAUCUUGGCUUUAUCCUAUUUGCAGCAACGUCAGAAGCGCCUUCUAAGGCACAGAUCGUCCAUAUCGGAAGGGGCACUCAGCGACAGUGUCAGCACUGUGAAGCCUCACGACUCUGGGUCGAAUAUCGAACCUCAGGCAUCUGGGUCCGAUCAUAGUCAAGAAAGACCACUACUCGGCGACUCGGAAGUCUCACACACGCGUUAUUCUUCGACUAUGUCCAGGCGCUCUGGUCCUACUCGAGACGAAAUGCGACAAAGAGCUGAAAUUAGACGAGGGAGGAUUUUCGUGACCCUGUCUGCAUCGCUCAUAAUAUUCGCCUGGGUCUUAUUCAUGGGCACCGCGUGGUUCAGACUUGGGUUGAAGCACGAAACGAAUUGA